AUGGAAAAGCUGAUUUGCAGGCGAAAUGCGCUGAUGGCGCAGAUGGAAGGAGAGUUUUCAGUCGCUAAGAGCCUCAGUGAAUGCAAUUCUCAAAGUGAGGUUAAGGAUCGACUGGACCAGCUCAAGAUGCUUGCUGACCAAUUUCGAGCGACGCAAGGGGAAAUUGAAGAAAACCAAGAGGAUCCCGCAGCGAUUGCAAGUGUUUUCAGCGUACGUGACCAUUUUUUCGGCAUGUACUAUCGCACGAAGGACUUGUUUGAAGGUCAUUUGGAGGACGAUGCAGAGUCAAAUGCCAGCCAACGAACAAUAGUAGACGAAUCGCACGAUAUGAAGAAUGCCAUUAAGCUGCUUUUAGAAACCCAACAGCAAAUAUUGCUGCGACAACAUUCCUCACCAGUAGCGCCGUCGGGACAGGUAUCGAAUGGUUCACCCGCUCUUCCUGAAAGUGAAUAUGUAUCGAAUGCUGCUUUUCAUCUCAAUGUACGGCUUCCAGCGAUUACCGUUCCAGUCUUCAAUGGGGAUCGAAAGGGAUGGUUGACAUUCAAGGAUAUUUACCAGUCGACUAUCCACAAUCGGAAUGACAUUUCAGAUUCGUUAAAGAUGCAGUAUCUUUUUUCCUACUUGGAUGGCGAUGCUAAACGUUUAGUAAAAAAGUUUACUAUCUCUAGUGCGAACUAUGAAAGUGCGUGGGAUACUUUGUGCACCCACUACGACAAGAAGCGAUUUACCGUUUUUUCGUUGAUUCGCGAGUUUAUUGAUCAACCUUCUGUGAGCAAUGUUAAUUCUCAAGGAUUGAUCAAUUUAGCUACGACUUCGGAUGAGGUUGUGCAGCAGUUAGAUGCACUUGGCGAGGAAUUUCGCGGUCGCGACCCAUGGCUGAUUCAUCUAAUGCUCGAGAAGUUGGAUAAGGAAACGCAAAUAAAUUGGUCACAAAAAGUUAUUGAAAGUGAUUGUCCGACAUUCGAGGAGUUUCUUUUGUUCCUGAGGAAGCGAUGUGAGGCUUUAGAAACAUGCACAGCAUUUUCGAAAAAGGAGACGAAUAAAAAGGAUUUCUUAAAACCGACGGGCGAAAGGAAAUUGAAGUCGCUGCAUACAGCUUCGUCGUAUCAAAAUCAAAAGUGCGCGAAAUGCUCUAGUGAGCAUAAUACGUUUAUGUGUGAAGAGUUUAAGCAAAUGACUGUAGAAGACCGGCGAAGUUUGGCACAAAAAGCUAAAUUAUGUUUUAACUGUUUGAGACCUUUCCACUGUGCGAGAUUUUGUGCAUCCAAAUCGGUGUGUCGUACACCUAACUGUAAGCAACGUCAUCAUUCCCUUUUGUGCUUGUCUGCGUCUAAUAAGAAGAAAGACAGUGUAGAUGAAAAAGUGGAAAAGGUUAAUGUUUCAGCGAAUCCUCCAUCUGAAAGCAGUGAUCAAAUCUCCGCUCUUACAACAGAGUUAUCAAACGAAUGCCAGAUAAUUUCUGUGUUGCCGACAGCGGUUGUAAAUAUGCAGACUUCGGACGGCGAUUUUCUACAAGCAAGGGUUCUCAUCGAUUCUGGUUCUCAAGCUACGUUGGUAUCAGAGGACUGCGUGAACCGAUUGAAAUUACCACGGCGUAAUAGUAAACUCGUUGUUAGCGGUAUUGGUCAGCACGAAAUAGGAACCACUCGUGGGGUGGUGUCAUUGCGUAUUGCCUCGAGAUUCAACGAAACUAUAGUUGUUGCUACUGACGCGUAUGUUCUUGGAAAGUUAACAUCGACAAUUCCUUCACAACGUUUUAAGCUGAGUAAAAUGAAAUUGCUGGAAAAUCUCAAUGAGCUGGCGGACCCUGCGUUCAACAGACCGGCUUCCAUUGAUGCUAUUUUGGGAUCGGACGUCUUUCUUGCGCUUCUUGAUGGUGGCCAAGUCAAGGACGAAUGCGGCCUAACGGUGGCCCAACGAACGAUAUUUGGAUGGAUCGUUGCCGGCAGAUACGAUGCGGCAGAGUCCAUUAACAGUAAUUGUGUGAUAGUCAAUCUGCAUACUGAUGUAGAUUUGAACAAUACAUUGCGACUUUUCUGGGAACAAGAGGAGCUUCGCCGCAAACCGCCGAUGACUCCUACGGAAAUGAAGGUACUUGAACACUUCAAGUCUACCUUGUCUCGUGACGAAAAUGGGCGCUUUAUUGUUCGAUUGCCAUUCGACGAUUCAAAGCUGCCACUUGGGGAAUCUUUGACAGCUGCUAGGAGGCGGCUCAGAUCUAUACAAAAGCGAUUCGAUUCCCAACCGGAGUUCAAGCAGGAAUAUGAGGCCUUCCUGCAAGAAUAUUUGGAGCUGAAUCACAUGGAGGAAGUGCCAGCUGAUCAAAUUGAAAGGGAUCCAGCGGAUUGUUACUAUCUUCCGCAUCAUGCCGUUAUCAAAAAGGAUAGCUCUACGACGAAAUUGCGUGUCGUUUUCGAUGCCUCCUGUCCAACAUUUUCAGGAGUAUCGCUAAACGACCGGUUGCUAGCGGGCCCAAACAACAAUGAGGAUUUGUGGUCAGUAUCUCUUAGAUUCCGUUCACAUCGUAUAGGUUUCUGCGGCGAUGUGGCAAAAAUGUAUCGUCAGGUCUGGGUACACGAAGCUGAUCGUGAUUACCUACGGAUUUUGUGGAUCAAUGCCUUUGGAGAGGUAAAGCAUUAUCGUUUAUGCACUGUUACUUAUGGAACAAAGACGGCACCAUUUUUGGCAAUACAAGCGAUGAGAGAGGCAGCGGAAUCCUACAAGGAGGUUUAUCCGAAAGCAGUCGAACGAGUUACAACGGAUUUUUACGUUGACGAUUUCGUUUCGGGAGCCGAUAAUGAAGCAGAAGCGAAACAGCUAAAGGAGCAAGUGAUAGAAAUAUUAUCUUCAGCGGGUUUUGAGUUGCGUAAGUGGUCGUCCAACAAGGAAGCGCUCGUGUCAGGGGAAUCGACUCCAGUUGCGAUCAAGAUUUCAGAGCAGGUAGAUUCUGUGAAAGCUCUCGGUAUUCUAUGGUAUCCAGCAGAUGACGAGUUUGGAUUCAUGGAGUUACUGCAUCAAAUACAAACUAAGGACAAACUGGCAAGCCGUUUUCUUUCAAACCAUGGAAUCAAAUGGACAUUUAUACCGCCAUCUGCGCCGCACAUGGGCGGCAUUUGGGAGGCCGCUGUGAAGAGCGCCAAACGUCUUUUGGUUGCCGAACUGGGCGAUACAGCAUUGACCUUCGAAGAAUUGUGCACCGUUUUAUGUCAAAUCGAGGCCUGCCUGAAUUCGCGGCCAUUAUGUGCGUUAUCUACUAACCCAGACUGUUUCGAUGCGUUAACACCCGGACAUUUUUUAAUCGGGCAACCCAUGAAUCUUGUACCGGAACCGGAAGUGCGCAGUAUCCCAACUAAUCGAUUGGAUCAAUGGCAGCGUGUGCAGCAAGCGACCGAGGUGGUUUGGAAUCGAUGGAAGGACGAGUAUUUAAAUACCUUACAGCCGCGCGGCAAGUGGCGCACCGUGCAGCCCAAUGUUCUUAUUGAUCAGCUUGUUUUGGUGAAAAAUGAGAACGCACCACCGACUCAAUGGGAAUUGGCUAGGGUCAUCGAGGUCCACGCCGAUGCUGAAGGAGUAGUUCGCACAGUGACUUUGAAAAGGGGACAAACUUUGUAUAAACGACCCAUUCACAAGCUUUGUAUUCUGCCUUCUACUUGA